GCAUGGAGGCUGUUCCAUGAAAGUCUAUGAUUUUGUUCCCUGAAAGCUCAGUAUAUCUACCUCUGCACAUAACACUAGACUUCAUUGAUUGGGAAUAAAUAGAGCCCCUCAUUUAGGAUUGUGUUUUGCAGAGAACUGCUAAAGUGCUAAUACUUGAAGAAAUGGUGUCUCAAGCAAUUGAUCUUUUGAGGAACGAGCUGCCUCUUGAGCAGGAGUCAGUGGUUUUGCCUGAAGAUGUUGUGACUGGCCUUGUUCUUGUCGAUAUCAUCAAUGGCUUCUGCACUGUCGGUGCUGGAAAUCUGGCCCCAAGAGAACCCAACAGACAGAUUUCGGGGAUGAUCAAUGAAUCGGCAAGGCUGGCAAGACUUUUCUGCGAAAAGAAACUGCCUGUUAUGGCGUUUCUGGAUUCUCAUCACGCUGACAAGCCCGAGGAUCCCUAUCCUCCUCAUUGUAUUGCCGGCACCGAUGAAUCAAAUUUGGUUCCUGCUUUGCAAUGGAUAGAAAAGGAAACGAACGUAACAAUCAGGCGCAAAGAUUGCUACGAUGGAUAUUUGGGUUCGAUUGAAGCUGAUGGUUCGAAUGUUUUUGUGGAUUGGGUGAAGAACAAUCAGAUCAAAACUUUACUGGUAGUAGGGGUAUGCACAGAUAUCUGUGUGCUGGAUUUCGUGUGUUCAACAUUAUCAGCAAGGAAUCGUGGCUUUCUGAGUCCUCUCCAGGAUGUUAUGGUGUAUUCACGUGCCUGUGCAACUUUUGAUGUUCCUCUUCACAUUGCCAAAAACAUCAAAGGAGCUUUACCUCAUCCACAGGAGUUGAUGCAUCAUGUUGGCCUUUACAUGGCAAAAGAAAGAGGAGCCAAAAUAACAAAUGAAGUCUCAUUUGGUGCUCCAAAUAAGCCAUAAGCCGGUAGGUGUGAGAUGUGUCCCAUCCGAAGCUUGGCUAUCUUGACUGUAGCAGCCUCAGGUUUCUUCUGAAUAAAGAUUUUAGGUCAUGUAAACUAUAAAGUUGAACAUUCACUAGGCCUUUAUGCGAAUGGAAAACAAAUAUAAAAGCAUGUAUUAAAAACUAUAGCAUAUGCCAAGUUUGGACUUUAUGCGUU